UGAAACUGCUCAGCUCACAGGAAAGCAUGGAGCCAACUGUCGCUUUUAGUGCGAAAGCAUGCAAAAAACGCAGUUGUCCGGCUCUGCUUCGAGAAGACCCUCAGUAAAGACGCCUGGCACUGUGUUUAAAAGUUCACGAUGAGUGCCAGCGUCGAUCUCCGCAGCCUAAGCUCAUGGUCAUGGGCCGGUCAGUUCUUUGGUAACCUUGGUGACGACCUGGAGGAACACUCCAAUGACAGUGGCUCUGAAGUAUCGGACGAUGAGGAGUCUUACUCAAGCUAUACAACCGCAAGCUCCUCUGAUGGCUUUGUGUUUCACCGCGACUACACCAUUCUUGCUCCAUCCAAAACCUUCGAUGAAAUGAGCGACAUCUAUGACUCCGUGGCUACCGAACUGAGCCACUCAGGCUCGACCUUGAACAGCAAAGGUACGAGUGGCUCAGAACAAGAACAGCAACAGCAACAACGUCGAUUUAGGAGGCGUUCCACUGCUUCGGCAUCCAUCAAGUCUUCAUCGCAAAGAACAGUGCCCCCAUUGCUGAAAGCUAUAACGGAAGAAGAUGAUGACACAGACGCACACGAGGCAUUCCUUCGUGCCAAAAUGACGUCGCUUUGGACUCGCAUUCAGGAGUCUGCCCAAGCAGAAGAUCUGUCUGCUGCUCCAACAACAGAGCAAGACAAGGCGCUGCUGCGUGCUUACGCAAUAAAGAACGACACGCUCACUCUCCUGAGCAACACACCCUAGUCGACAAAGGGAGAAGGCACCGCUAGCCAUACUGGUACAGGCGGGUUGCAUGCCUUGCUGGCCGAAAGGAGUGUGAAUGGUUUUUAGUAUGUUGGUGGCUGUUGCUCGCUGCACCCUAUGUUUAUGCUCGUCCCUGCUAUGCAUACAUCGGCCGUCUUUCUGAUGUCAAAGCCGUGGGCUGCUGAAUUCACGAUGCUGCUGCUUUACCGUAUACCGGUACCGGUACCGGUACUGGCAGCUCGCUCGCAGUACUGUAGGUUGUUGGAUAGGAUACUGCACGAUAAAACCAAUUUUUAUAAUGGCUGCCCUGGUACCAUGCUGUAGACAAAACAGUUACUAUAGUCUGAUUGCGGUAUAGAUUUGGCCGGUCCUUGGAAAACAUCUUGUAAAGAGGAACUCUACUAUCGGUACCGGUACCUGGUAGAUUAUGUACAGUGGCUAUAAUAUAGAAUUGCAAACUCCACUUUAGUUCGUCCGUCUAGGGUGUAGCGAUGCGUACCGUACGAUGAGGAUACCCGUACACGAACAUUCAGGGAGAUUAUUCUCACUGUGGAACCAUCCUGGAACCUAUGAUAGCUACCGACAUGUCAUACGAGCAGCUUCGAUUCUAUUGAUUCAAACGCGUGCCGCUCUUUUUGGUACACUUCUACGAGUGGUCCUGUAGA